AUGAAAAAUUUUGAUCGUAAAGCAUCAAAACAUGCAAUAAGUAAAACACAUUUAACUUCCCAAGAACAAUUUAUGUUACUUGGGGCAAAUCGGAUUGAACAUGCACUGUCGGAAGGACGUCGUUUGGCUGCAAUUAAACAUAAUGAAAAUGUCGGUGUUAAUCGUCGAAUAUUAACACGUUUAAUACAUGUUAUUUGUUUUUUGGGAAAGCAAGAAAUAGCUUUUCGUGGUCAUAACGAAGAUAGUUCUUCUAUAAAUAAAGGAAAUUAUUUAGAACUUUUAGAUUUACUUUCUCGAGGAGCAACUUCUCAGAGAACAUUUUAUGUCGAAUUCACUGAUGAAACAACAGAUGUAUCGUGUAAAUCUCAAAUGAGCAUUAUAUUUAGAUAUGUAGUCGAUAACAAAAUUGAAGAGAGGUUUAUAGGAUUUUUCGAUGUAUCAAAAGAUAAAUCUGCCUUUGGCCUAUCUGAAAUUUUAUUAACAGAAAUAAAAAAUUGGAAUAUAGGUGAUAAACUAGUGUGUCAAACAUAUGACGGAGCAGCUGUUAUGGCAGGGCAAAAGAAUGGAGUUCAAGCUAUUAUUAAACAGUCGUAUCCAAAAGCAAUGUUCAUACAUUGUUAUGCUCACCAACUUAACCUAGUGUUUCUACACGGAUCAAAAUCGAUAAAAUCUGUGAAAAUAUUUAUAAGUGAUUUGACUAUGUUUCAUACAUUUUUUAGUAGAUCGCCAAAAAGAAGUCAGCUUUUAAGGGAAAAAGGGUUUAAACUUCCUCAAAGUUGUGAAACGAGGUGGAAUUAUCACUCCAGAGCUGCUGCAACUAUUACUAUCCAUUUUAUAGAAUUGAAAAAAGCGAUAACUUGUGUUACAGACGAAGACGACUGGGAUCCAAUAACUAUAAAUAUGGCAUAUGAUCAUGUAUUUUUAAUACUACAGACUAAAUGCACUGCUGAUGUUCAAUAUUGUGUCAAUCAAAUAAAAAUAUUUUCUGAUCAAUUAAUUGCAAUGAGAAAAGAGGAGACCAUAUCAAUAUGUUGUAAAUCGGCGAUGGAGUUAAAUAGCGAACUACAAUAUUCAGAAAAAAAUAUAAUUGAUCUCAAAACUCUAACUUAUGAAAUAUUAGAUUCUAUAAUAGUACAAAUUGAAACAAUUUACUAG